AUUCGAGUCGUGAUCGUGUGUUUCGUAUACGAUCGCCCCACUCAUCGCGAGCAAUUUUUUCCCUGUUACGAGAAACGUAAUUGAAAUUUCCACGCGUAUUGGAGAAUCCACAUUCUCGAGCAGAGAACACUGACGAUCCUUCCGAAAAUUUAUACUCUCGGCGAUUCGAGUGAGCGUCCAGUGAUCCUUUGCAAAUCGAUUAAACCGAACCACUACUCAGAAUAGUUUCAAUAUUGAAACCUUUUCGAGCAAAGUAUCCGAAGAAAUCAAAGAAUAUCGAUGCAUUUUUCUUCUCAACACCUUAUACAGGGAAAUUUCAAUGUUAAAAGAUCAAAUUUUAUUGAUAUAUUCUAAGUAGAAUUAAGAGAUUGUUAUAUAAUCAUAGUUUCAAGUAGAAAAUUUGCAAAGUUGAGAGCAACCAGGUUGGCAAUCAGAGUGCAAAGGGUUAAACGCGACAACGCUUAUCAGCGUCUAUGAACGUUAGAAAUAAUUGAUCGUUGCAUGAGGAAUAAAAUCCAUCGAACCGAUACAGUAAUCGUUACGAUUCAUUGUGCAAUACUGCGUGUGAUCAAUCCUAUGAAACACACUAUUACUGUUUCUAAUUAGAAAGUUUCUCGUAAUUAACGAUGGACGAUGAUAAACAGCCUUUGAUCGAGAAAGAACACGGGGUGAUAAAUGUGCUCUGGGAUGGCGAGGAGGAUGCAGAUUGCGAGAACACCGCUCCUUACGUUCUCCGAACGCAAGAGAUCAAGGAUUCUUCGAAUACCGCCCCGGUGAAGAUUAAUAUCGAAGGUAUGAGAUGUCAGAGCUGCGUGAAGAACAUAGAAGGAACCAUCGGAGGUCGUCCAGGGGUUGGAAAAAUCAAGGUCGUCCUGGAAGAAAAGGCUGCUUACAUCGAGUAUAAAACAGAGGAAAUUACGGCCAAUCAAUUGGUUGAAGCCAUUGAAGAUAUGGGAUUCACGGCUUCUUUGGGUGGCGAUGAGAAUAGUCCCUUGCAGCCCAGCGUUAGUUCCUGUAGCAUACACGUUGAUGGAAUGACUUGUAUGUCUUGUGUCAAAAGCAUCACAGGUGUUCUGUCGGAAAAAUCUGGGAUAAAAGAGGUGAAUGUCAGCUUGGAAAACAAAGAAGCUAAAGUUUCCUACAGUAACAACGAUGUUACGGCUGAACAGAUAGCAAAAUAUAUUGAGGAGAUGGGUUUUACUGCUUUCGUUAAAGAAAUUAAUGGCAAGAGUCUCGAGGCCACCACGGAGGUGCCAUUGAAAAAUAAUAAUGUAGAAAAUGGUGAUAUCUCGCUUCAGAUAAAUGGCGGAGGUGACCUGAAAGCUCAGAGUCAUUUAACUAAAUGCUUCUUACAUGUAACGGGCAUGACUUGCGCUUCCUGUGUCGCUGCCAUAGAGAAACACUGUAAAAAAUUGUAUGGCGUACACAGUAUCUUAGUAGCAUUGAUGGCAGGCAAAGCGGAAGUCACGUUUGAUCCAAGUAAAAUAAGGGCGAUUGAUAUUGCUGCCAGUAUAUCCGAAUUGGGCUUCCCAACCACCUUGAUCGAGGAACCGGGGACUGGAGAGGGGGAGAUCGAAUUGAAAAUUAUGGGUAUGACAUGCGCGUCUUGCGUGAACAAAAUAGAAUCAACGGUGAAGAAAUUACCAGGUGUUCUCACAGCUGCUGUUGCUCUGGCAACUCAGCGUGGUAAAUUUAAGUACGACGUAGAGAAAAUUGGCGUUAGGGACAUUAUCGAAUGUAUUAACAAAUUGGGUUUUACCGCGACACUGUUUAGUAAUAAAGAUAAGGAAAAUAGGGACUAUUUGGAUCAAAAGGAAGAGAUAAAUAAAUGGCGAGCAGCAUUUUUAGUGUCUUUAAUCUUUGGCAUACCAUGUAUGCUAGCUAUGACUUAUUUUAUGGUAGUUAUGUCUGUUGGCGAGAAGUCGCACGAAGAUAUGUGCUGUAUAGUACCUGGUCUUUCUUGGGAAAACUUAAUUCUUUUUAUAUUUUCUACGCCGGUGCAGUUUUUUGGUGGCUGGCAUUUUUACGUUCAAGCGUACAAGGCUUUGAAACAUGGCACAACCAACAUGGAUGUUUUAAUUUCAAUGACCACUACGAUAUCUUAUUUGUAUUCGGUUGCCGUACUUACAGCAGCUAUGAUAAUGCAGGAACGCGUUAGUCCUCAAACAUUUUUUGAUACUCCUCCUAUGUUGUUAGUAUUUAUUAGUUUAGGAAGAUGGUUGGAGCACGUUGCAAAGGGCAAAACAUCGGAGGCUCUGUCAAAGUUGUUGUCGUUAAAGGCAACGGAUGCUGUGUUAGUUACUCUAGGUCCUAACAAUGAAAUAUUAUCUGAACGUUUAAUCAGCAUAGAUUUGGUGCAACGAGGUGACGUGUUGAAGGUAGUACCAGGUGCCAAAGUUCCCGUUGACGGUAGAGUUCUCUCAGGACAGUCUACCUGCGACGAGAGCUUGAUAACCGGAGAAAGUAUGCCAGUGCCGAAAAAGAAAGGGUCAGUUGUGAUUGGUGGUUCGAUAAAUCAGAAUGGCCCGUUAUUAAUUACAGCCACACACACAGGAGAACAUACGACGUUAGCACAAAUAGUGCGAUUAGUGGAAGAGGCACAAACGAACAAAGCACCUAUACAACAUUUAGCUGAUAAAAUAGCCGGUUAUUUCAUCCCUCUUGUCAUAGCUGUGUCUAUAGUGACAUUAUUUAUCUGGAUCAUAGUGGGAUAUAUAAAUAUAAACAAGUUACCGAUUUCGCACAAUGAUCAAAUCAAUACACACGGUAUGAACAGGGAAGAGAUAAUAUUUCAGUACGCUUUUCGAAGCGCACUUUCCGUGUUAGCGAUCGCUUGUCCGUGCGCUUUAGGAUUAGCCACGCCAACAGCUGUGAUGGUCGGUACCGGUGUCGGGGCGCUGAAUGGUAUUUUAAUAAAGGGUGCUGAACCCUUGGAGAACGCGCAUAAAGUUAAAUGUAUCGUAUUCGAUAAAACCGGUACCAUCACGCACGGUGUGCCGAUGGUAACAAAAAUUAGUCUCUUCGCGAGUGAAAAGAUUUGUUCAUUAGCGAAAUUUUUAGUUAUCGUUUGUACGGCUGAAACGAACAGCGAGCAUCCAAUUGCAUCAGCAAUUGUCAAGUUCGUAAGAGAAACAAUUGGUUCUGAAGCAACCGGACAAUGUACAAACAUUCAAGUAGUCGCUGGCUGUGGACUCAAGUGUAAGGUAUCUCACAUUUCAACGCCUCUGAGCACCGCUUUAAAGUCGGAAAAGAUUAUCAACUAUGUGAAUCAAGUGAAAAGAUCAUCUUCCGGAACGUUCACCUUAAACGACGUGUCUAUCGACAUUAUAUCGAUUGCCAGUUCAAGUCAAGAAAGACAGAACAUAGAUUUGGAAUUAUUGUUGAAUCCAGAUUCCCAUGGUGAUCAAAUUCAUUCUGACGAUGUGUACGAAAUUUGUAUCGGUAACAGGGAAUGGAUGCGACGAAAUGCGGUGAAUAUACCUUCAGAGGUAGAGUCGAAGAUGACGAGUGAAGAAGAUUUAGGUCAUACUGCAGUUUUAGCAGCAGUAAACAAUGUAUUAGUGGCAAUGAUCAGCGUUGCAGACACGGUCAAGCCAGAGGCUCAUCUGGCAAUUUAUACUUUGAAGAAGAUGGGUUUAGAAGUUAUCCUCUUAACAGGAGAUAAUAGAAAGACUGCCGCUUCUAUUGCUAGACAAGUUGGUAUUACUAGAGUAUUUGCCGAAGUGUUACCUUCGCAUAAAGUUGCAAAAAUUCAGCGCCUACAAGAUCAAGGCUACAGAGUCGCGAUGGUAGGAGAUGGCGUAAAUGAUAGCCCCGCUCUUGCUCAAGCAGAUGUUGGUAUUGCGAUAUCUUCUGGUACGGAUGUUGCUGUGGAAGCUGCCGAUGUAGUUCUUAUGCGAAAUGAUCUUUUAGAUGUCAUUGCGUGCCUGGAUUUGUCGAGGAAAACAGUUCGUCGAAUCAGAUUGAACUUUUUAUUUGCUAGUAUUUAUAAUCUGUUGGGUAUUCCUAUUGCUGCUGGAAUUUUUAGUUCUUUUGGAUUCUUUUUACAACCCUGGAUGUCAUCUGCGGCGAUGGCACUAAGUUCUGUAUCGGUGGUUGGAAGUUCCUUGUUACUCAAAUUUUAUCGUAAACCAACAAAGGCUACUUUGGAGACCCCAGAAUAUUUAGCAGCGAUGCGCGCUCAUUCGACAGCAAGAAUGAUAGAUCUGGACACGAUAUCUCUUCACCGUGGUUUAGACGAUUCGGUAAUGCCGAUUAUGCACAGAUCAACGUCGACGUUGUCCAGAUUAUUCAGAAAAUCUAAAGACGAUUUAGAAGGUCGGCUUCUUGGUGAAGACAUAGAUGAAAUUGACUUGGUAACAGAUUUCUCUGGUUAUCGAAAAAACGUAAAGAGCGAUACAAAUAUAACGCCGUGUUGACACGUAAGAAUGUUUUUUUUUUAAUAUUUAAUUUAUCCAUGUACAUUCUUUAUUAAUGAUAUAAUGACUUGACAUAAGAUCAACGUUUACAAAUUUUUUACCAUGAUCAUUUAUCAGGAGUUAAAUUUUUAAUCAAGAAAAAUAUGAAGGAUGACAAUAGUGUUUUGCACAUUCGUAUCUUAAUUCUUCUUUUUCUUUUUUUAAGGUUUAUUAAUAGUAUUAUAAUAUUUACCUCCUUUUAUUAACUAAAAUGAAACUAAUAAUUUUCUUUUAUUUUAUGUUUUAUAUUUAAACCAUUUCAUAUUAUAACAAUAAUGAGUAUUCUAUUAAAAAAUGACAAUACAGUACUAUAUAUAAAUAAUAAGUAUUACAACGAGUGAUAGAUAAAAUGUUUCUUGGGACCAUACUUUGGUUUAGUUAUGCAUAAAUAACUUAACUAUAUUUUCAAUCUUUAAAAAUCAAACAUAUGUUGUUUGUUAUAAAUACGUAAUAAAUAUUCACAGCUUAACUAACUAAAACUCUUACAUACAGUAUACAUUGCCGAAUAGACUGUGUCAAAUUAGUUUAUAUAAUUAUAAAUGUUCGUAAAAUAUAUUUUUUCAUUAAAAUGUAGAUUGAGAUAUUUAUAAAUAGGAAAAGAUUGUAUAGAAUACAGCAUAUAUUAAAAUAUUACAUUUCUUUUGUAUUUAAAAUAUUUUUGGACUACCUGAGAAAGGUAUUACAUUUUUGUAUAUACUUGUGCCCAUUGUGUACAAUGUAUUUAAUUUACGAAUGUAUAUUAACUAUAUUAAUAUGUAGUUAAUAAUUUAUAUGUGUACAUAUGUAUAUUUUAUUUUAGUUAAUUCAGUAGUUUUUUUAUAUCCUUAUAAAACUUUAAGAAGAUAACUGUUUAACAAUAUUAGGACAAGACAAAGCAAGUGUAUUUGAUUCUGUUAGAUCAUCUGAUGUAUCUGAAUUUGCGAAAUAAGGAUUAAAAUCCUGUUGAGUAUUGAUAUUUUCAUUAAAAUCGUGUAUCAAGUCCUUUUUACCAUUCGUAAAAGGAUAUGUAUUUGUAUGAAUGGGCAAAUAAAUAUUACCCUCAUUUUCGAUGUAA